AUGUCGUUUAUAAUACUAAAAAGAUUGCGAAACCAGAAUUCAUCACUUAUAAUCAAUAAUCCCGGUCUCAAAAUUCACUUAUAUACCAGUUUCUACUCAUCUCUCUCUGAACCCCGCCACCGGAAUUCUCCCACUCCGAUUUAUAAUAAGUCAAUUCUAGCAUCUGGGCAUGUCUUUUUGUGCAAUAGAAAUAAUUGGUUUUCUUCACUUUUACGUGAAAUUUUGAAUAUCCCAUGUGUGCCUGUUUCUGCGCGUUUAUUGAGUUCACAGGCUGCAGUUGAGAAAUCCACUUCUGAUGGGCUCACGGUGGAGGGUAUAAUUGCUAAUGGUUGGAACAUAUAUGAUGAGAAUGAGAGUGAUUGGAAGAGCCAUGCCUCUGCCAUCGCUCAGUCAAUUCAUCUUAUCAAGAAACGCCUGAGGUGGAAAAAUUUAAUACCCAAGUUGGAGACAUUAUCUGAUCAGCUAAGUAAGCCAGACCUAUGGAAUGAUCCAGUACAUGCUGGGAAGAUAAGCCGUGAGCACGGUUCACUUAUGGGGAAAAUGAAAGAGGUUGAUGCAUUUGAGCAAGAACUUCUUGAGCAUAUUGAAAUGAUAAAACUUGCUCGGGAAGAGAACGAUGCAGAAUUGGAAUCGGAAUCUCAAAAUGCUCUACUUACGAUGAGAAGAAAUAUCAAGGAAAAAGAGCUUGAAGCAUUGUUAGCUGGGGAGCAUGAUUCUUGUUCUUGCUUCAUAGAGGUUCAAGCCGGAGCUGGUGGUACCGAGAGCAUGGACUGGGCUUCAAUGGUCAUGCAGAUGUAUAAAAAGUGGGCUGAGCGUCGAGGCUUUGGAGUUUCCGUCGUUGAUGAAAUGCCUGGUGAGAUGGCAGGAAUCAAGCGAGCAACAAUCAGAGUUGAUGGCGAGUAUGCAUUCGGAUAUGCCAAAGCUGAAGUUGGGGCACACCGUUUAGUACGUAUCUCACCGUUUGACAGCAAUAAGCGCAGGCAUACAUCAUUUGCUUCUGUAGCUGUAAUUCCAAUUCUAGGCGAUGGAUUUUCCCGUGUGCAAAUUAAUGAAUCCGACCUUCGAAUUGAGCGAUUUCGAGCUGGGGGAGCUGGGGGUCAGCAUGUUAACACUACUGAAAGUGCUGUGCGUAUAACUCACAUUCCUACUGGAGUAAGUGCCUCUUGUCAAAAUGAAAGGUCACAGCAUCAAAACAAGGCUUCUGCAAUGGCUGUACUUCAGUCUCGUUUGGACCAGCUUGAGAUGAAGCGUCAAGCUGAGAUGAAUUCAGAGCACACACAAUCUCUCACUGACAUAAAUUUUGGAAGCCAAAUACGGUCUUAUGUGCUUCACCCAUACCGAAUGGUGAAGGAUCAUCGGACUGAUUUUGAGGUUUCCCAUCCCGAUUCUGUCCUGGAAGGUGAUCUAGACGGCUUCAUCUUAAGCUUCUUGUCCGCCUCUCUAGACAAAGAUGAAGAUGCUCACCUGUAG